CCAAUGCGUAACAUAGCGGAAGUAAUUUGAAUUUACACCAAGUAGACACAACACGGAUACAUGCAGCUCACUUACACCAAUAUUAAAGAAUGGGUGUGAAAGGUCUUCAGAGCUUCAUGGACCGCUGCUGUCCAGAGGCGUGUGUGUCUGUGAACCUGAGAGAAAUGUCCCGACAACACGCUGCUAAAAGACAGACAGGCUGCACGACCACUGCUAACAGUACCAGACCCACACUUGUUGUGGAUGGUAUGGCCUGCCUGCGCCACUGGUACUCGUGUAAAGAUUGGGUGUGUGGGGGGCAGUGGAGGGAGUACAUGGAUGGGCUGAAGGGCUGGGUGGAGGCCUUCAGCUCAGCUGGCAUCAGACUGGUCUUCUUCUUCGACGGAGUGGUGGAAGAGCAGAAGAGACGGGAGUGGGUGAAGAGGAGACGCAGAGUGAACGGGCAGAUUUCUAAACUGUUUCGUCACAUCAAAGCUCAGGGAGAGCAGCCCGGUAGAGAGCUCUUUUGUCUGCCUUCUGGUCUGGCAACAUUCACACGCUUUGCUCUCAGGUCACUGGGUCAGGAGGUGUUUUGCUCAGUGCGGGAGGCUGACUAUGAGAUUGCCAGCUAUGCUCGUCAGCAUGGUAGUAUGGGCAUUCUGGGACAGGACUCCGACUUCAUCAUAUAUGACAGUGCCCCCUGCUUCUCUGUGGCAAAGCUGCGGAUACACAGCCUAACCACGGUCAUGUACGACCGACAGAGGCUCUGCCAAACCAUCGGACUGACUGUUGCCCAGCUACCACUGCUGGCCUGUCUCCUAGGUAACGACGUGGUGUCAGAGGAUAAGAUGCUGCACAUCAGGAACAACGCCAUGGCAACAUACAGGAUAGACAACCCCACAGCACACUCUGGUGCUCCCCAGGGGCAGAUGGUUAUGGCUGUAUCCCACCUCGUGAGCUCUGUGUGGGGCAGAGAGGAGCAAGAGACUGGGCUCAUCCCUCAGACUCUGAAUCUGUCAGCUCCUCACAGAGAGCUACUGAAGAGAGGCGUUCGCUCUUAUUUACUACCUGGAGAGGAAGCUAUUCAGCUCGGUGACAUCUCUGCACCUUCCUCUGCCUUUGAGAAACAUGUUAGUUCAGAAAUAUUAAAGGCCUGUAGAGAGAAGCAUGUAGCAGCAGAGGGUUUCAUGGUUUACAGUGUUUUGUGUGAGGGAGUGAUUGAGUGUAGCAACACUCUGGAGGAUGAGGAGGACACUGAGCUGCUGCCUCAGGCCCUCGUCUACAAGCCCUGCAGACAACGCAUCUAUGGGCUGCUGCUGCUCAACGGGCAUGAAGGCAGCAGGGUCGACCUUCCAGCCAUCAGGGAAUGGUUCGUCUACGCUGGAAACGCUCUGAAGGAGCCUGACAUGGUCCAUCCCGUUCCAAUCAGCCUCCAAUAUAAUCCGCCCGUUCUGGACUUGUUAUGGUUCGGUAACGGUCCUGAGGUUUCGUCUCUCCGCCUGAAGUCCUUCCUUUCGAUGUUUGACUGCCAGGAGCUUUCAGAGUUAUAUGGAGCUGUUGAAGACUCUCUCCUGGCUGCUCUCUGCCUCGUCACCUACAUAGCCCUCCAGAUACAAACGUUGUCUCAGGAGGACUGUGAUGCUUACCUGAGUCAGGCUGUGUGUCUGAGACUUAAAUCCCCAAAGGAGCUUCAACAUAUCAAGUUGCCAUUCCUGUGCAGUCGGGCGGUGCAGCUUGGCUCUCUCUACGUCCGGGGGCUGGCCCACCUGUUGGGGGCUAACUGUGCGAGCGGCGGCCCGCUGCCCGGCGCCGCCCUCAUGCCUUGGAGCAGCUUCGAUGGACGGCUGUUCCACUCAAAGUACCUGCUGGCUCACAGUGGCUCAGACAACACUGUGCUGCUGGACCGCGAUCCGUUCUGUUUGUCUCAGUUUCUCUGCCUGAGAGAGAAACUUACAGAAACCUGCAGGAAGCGAGGCAGAGUCCUGCAGUCCAGACCCAAAGCACCACAACAAGCUCCUGGACCUCCAAACAGAGACAGACACACAGGUGGUGGGGAGAACUGGAGCGAGAGAGGAGAGACGACCGGAGGAGGAUGGAGGGAGAGAGGGGAGGCAAGAGGAGACCCUAAUACAUGUGAAAACAGAGAAAGACUGUGGGAGAGAGGAGGAGGAGGAAUGAGAAGAGAACAUUUUCACCCUCAUCCCAGAGGUCGAUCGCAACGCAGCAGAGGCAGAUACCAGCUGGCUCCUAGAUGGUCACAGCCUCCUGCACCAGGAACAUAACCCCUAACAGAGUGGAGAGAAGAGGAGGAUUAAAGGGGAGGAUUUGAGGAGUUAAGAGGAUGGGGAAGACGUGAUGAAAGAAGCAAAGUAAUCAAAUUUCUCUGAACAAACUGAUUAGUGAAUUAACCCGUCGGGAAUGUUUGUCUAAAGGAUGCAGAAGGUAGAUAUACGGGGAUUAGGAGGAGGCAGCAUGAAGAGAUUAGGAAUAAAUCAUUCAAUUUACCAGUUUAACUUGAAUUUGUCUUUUUGUGCUCGAAAUUGUCCUUACAGAUUUUUUUUUUUUUUAAAGUCAAUCAUUUUAAAGCCAUUACUUUAUUUUAGGGCAACUUAACUGUCUCACAGUGCCAGAACAUUUUAAAUAUACAUGAGCACUCCCCAAACAAACACAGAAAGGCCACUUCAAAUGGAUUAAUGGUUAAUCCUCAAGGCUGUUUUUACCUCUUAUCUCUCACAAUAAAAAGAGAAAGAUCUUAAAAGCUGUGUGUGUCCAGUGGCAUAAUCCUUUUAAGGGAAUGGUUUCAACUGGAUAAACAGUAACGCUGGUAUCAAGUAUCGGCUGGGAUAGGGCUUCAGCGCCAGAGAUUGACACACUUCUGUAAACUGAUACCAGGAGCCGUUUUAUACACAGAAGAAUGGGAGUUUUCUGUAAUGGAUACAAUAGAUAUUAGGUUAUACGUAAACUGGUGUUUCCCCUUGAAUUGUUACAUCUUUUGUUUUCUUUCUUUCUGUCUCCUCGGAAAACACAUGGAGGUCUUUCUUGUUGGAACAACCACUUUUAUUCUGUGCAUAUAAUGAAACGUUAUUCUUGAAUUAAAUUAAGACCCAGAACCAGAUGACACUAUUCGACCUGACAACAUUAAAACCUCACUGCAUUGUACUAAA